AUGCUCUGCUGGGGUUUGCGAAUCAUGAUUUGCAAGCGGAAUCGCGCAUCACAUUGCCUCGUCUCCACUUGCCGGUUUCUGGUUGUCGAUCUGUCUUCGAUGUUACAAAUAUCCGUGGAUUGCACUGGCCAGUGGCGCUACUGCACACAUCUGGUCAAGUCGUCGACUAGUAUCGCGGUGUUGCUAUGUUUGCACCUCUGUUCAGAUGCGACAAACGAGAUGAACCGACUAUACAACGGACACAGCGCUUCGCUAUGCGCUCUUGGCAGGUAUCGGCUCCAAAUAGAGAGUCGCAUGCUUAUAGAUUCUUUCACGCGCGCGAAACACUCUUCUUACCAGCCCUAA